AAAUUUUGAAAAAACUGUAAACAAUACAACAUUAGAAAAUAGCACGAUUAUUUUGUUGAAAAUAUAAAUUAAUUAAAAAAUGAGUGAUAGCGAGUCUGAUCAGGAAGAUAUUUCACAAAAAAUCAGUCAUUAUACAGGACCGGUUGAGGAUGCGUGGAAAAUGAAGAUCCCGGAGUUUAAACCGGAUGAUAAUAAGAAUGGAUUACUAGAAGAAAGCUCAUUUUCAACAUUGUUCCCUAAAUAUCGAGAGAAAUACUUGAAAGAAUGCUGGCCAUUGGUGCAAAAAGCAUUAGAUACUCAUUUCUUAAAAGCCGAGCUGGAUGUUAUAAAAGGAUCUAUGUUAGUUAAAACGACAAGAAAAACAUGGGAUCCAUUUAUCAUUGUUAAGGCAAGAGACAUCAUUAAAUUGUUAUCAAGAAGUGUACCUUAUGAGCAGGCAGUAAGAGUUUUAGAAGAUGAAAUAUCAUGCGAUAUUAUUAAAAUCAAGAAUUUAGUAAGGAACCGAGAGAAAUUUAUUAAGAGAAGGAACCGAUUGAUUGGACCUGGUGGAUGUACAUUGAAAUCGUUAGAAUUGCUCACAAAUUGCUAUGUUUUAGUUCAAGGAUGCACAGUUUCAGCAAUCGGACCUUAUAAGGGUCUUCAGCAUGUUAGAGCUAUCGUUGAGGAUACCAUGAAAAAUAUUCAUCCAAUUUACAAUAUUAAGGCACUGAUGAUUAAACGUGAAUUAAUGAAAGACGAAAAAUUAAAAAACGAAAAUUGGGAUCGAUUUUUACCUAAAUUUGAAAAUAAGAAUCCAAACAAAAAGAAGGCAAAAAAGCCUAAAAAGGAAGUUAAAGCUAAGAAGGAAUAUACACCGUUCCCACCACCACAGCCUGAAAGUAAAAUGGACAAAAUGUUAGCUUCCGGAGAGUAUUUCCUUACAGAACAGGAAAAGAAGGCUAAAAUUAAUAAGGAACGACGUGAAAAGCAAGCAGCUGACAAGCUCAAACAAAAAGAAAGAAGAGAAUUGGAUUAUGUUCCACCAAAAGAAUCCGACGGUCUAAGUAGCAGUAAGAAGCAGAAAUCUGAUAAAGUUGAUGUAAAAGCAUUGAAAUCAAAAAUUAAGAAAGCAAAUAAAGGAAAAUGAAGUUUAUAAGCUAA